CCCUUCCUCCGCGGCUGACCAACCGCCGGUCGUGGGCCGGGGAAUGCCGGAAGCGGUGGUAGCCAGCGCUCGCCCCCGGCACCCCGGACAGCAUGGCAGACCUCCACCGCCAGCUGCAGGACUACCUGGCACAAGGGAAGGCGGGAAAGCCUGCGGAUGCGGAGCCGCUGCUCGCCUCCGGGCCGGCAGAAGCGCCCGCGGGAGGGAGCGGGCCGGCGGGCGCGUGGCUGGGCCGCGCGAGCCUGCGGUGGCCGUGGGCGCCGGGCCCCGCGGAGCCCGAGGCCGGGCCGGCGUGUCUGCCGAGCGUGACGCGCGGGCAGCGCUGGGCGGCUGGCGGCGGCUGCCUAGUGCUGGCCGCGCUCUGCUUCGGCCUCGCGGCGCUCCACGCUCCCCUGCUACUGCUGCGCGCCCGCAAGUUCGCGCUGCUGUGGUCGCUGGGCUCGGUGUUGGCGCUGGCGGGCGGCGCGCUGCUGAGGGGCGGCGCGGCAUGUGGGCGCUUGCUGCGCGGCGAAGAGACGCUGUCGCGGCCCGCGCUGCUGUACGCCGCCGCGCUGGGCGCCACGCUGUACGCCGCGCUGGGCCUGCGCAGUACGCCGCUCACGGCGCUCGGCGCCUGCGCGCAGCUAGCCGCGCUUCUAUACGCGCUGGCCGGGCUGCUGCCCUGGGGCGGGGUUGCCGCCCUGCGCCUGGCGCUUGGCCGCCUGGGCCGCGGAGCCGGCCUGGGCGGCGCGCUGCCGGUGUGAGCUCGCAGAGCCCGCCGCCCUGGAACGCGGGACACGGAGCCGUCGCGGGACUCGCUGGCCCAGCUGGACUGCGGCGCCUGUUCCCAGGCCGCCACCCGCCCCGCGACGAAGGCCUGGACCUUGACGGUGACCUCAGAGCUGAGCCGGAACUCCAGGAUUGCCGCUUUUCCUGCGGGCCUGGAGCAGGAGACACUCGCGGGGUUGACCAAAUGCUGUGAACGCACCCGAAGGAGCUGCUGCUGCGCCAGCGAGCUUUAGAUUGCGCCGUUAAGAAGAAAAAAGGCACUUUGAAUUAGCUGCUUCCGUGGCUUUUCUCGACUUUUCGUCACUUGAAAAAUCCAGGGGUGUGUGUAGUUGGCAUACAUCUUGUUUGGGCGAUGCUCCGCUAUUUUCCCUUGCUCAGUGUAAAUGAACAUAGAAGUUACGACAUUCAACACUAAGUUUAGCUGCCGAAUUUUAAAAGGCAACAACGGUUUACCUCUUUUUAAAAACUAACUUGUUAACAUGGUGCCUUCUAAUAUUGGAGGAAAAGUAGACAAGGAAUGCAAUGGACCGAAAGAGGAAUUCUCUGCGCUCCGAUACCUGGUAGUCAAUUCAGGUAAAGCUCAUGGUAUAGGUCUCUGCGUGACGGACCUGUGGAAUCCCAAAGAUAAUUCUACAUGCCAUGUUGGAUGAAGAUCAGUUUCUCUUGUGUUCUCAUUCGCUUUUGAAAGCAGUUUGCUAUUUGCAGGCAGAGAUCUUCACCACUUACUUUUACAAAGCCUACCUUUAUUUAUUGCCAGAAAGUAUGGAUCCAGUAUACUGACAAGUCCAGAAAAAUUACACAUUUUGUAACCAUAAACUACAAAAUAAAAUGUUUAGAAUUUAA